UAGAAUUCGAAAAAAUAGCAAUUUGAAAUUUGAAUUCAAAAACCUUGAACGUAAUUGUUCAAGAAUACAAAAGAUGGUGUCAACAAGAUUAUGGAGAAACAGUUCCUUACUUCAGUAGAAACUUCAGUAGUCCCUCUCUUAAGAUUGGUGGUGCUUCUCAGAUCUGUCAGCAGUAGAGGUUCAGUAUGGAGGACGAGGUAGUGGAUAAACUACCGAAAUUCAAACUCUCAGAUCGGGAUGUCAGUGGAGUGGAGCUUUCCGAUGAGGACGUAGCAGGGGGGGGUGAAGGACUGUCAGCUAAGCUUAAUUGUCAAAACAUUUGGGGAAAAAAGGUGAAUUUUGGGGGGCUGAAAACAACUCUCAGCUCCAUAUGGACCACUCAGCGGCCUUUUUCAAUGCGUAGCUUGGGGAAUAAUCUGUAUCAGUUCCUCUUUCAGUGUGAAGAGGAUCGAGAAAGGAUAUUGCUAGGGAAGUCAUGGAAUUUUGAUGGGCAGUAUCUCUUACUCAAGCCGUGGGACCUUAGAAAUCAGGAGUUUGGGAGGAUGAAGAAAAAGUUAAACUGUGGGUACAGAUUACCAACCUCCCGUUGCACUGGAUAUCUGAGGAAACUGGAUUCAAAAUAUGAAGGUUGAUGGGAACAGUGUUGAAUGUUUUUGUACCAGUGGCAGAUAGUAAUAAUGGAAGCAUAGUUAAGGUGCAGAUAGAACACCAACUGAAAGAGCCAAUUCUACGGGGCACCCAUAUAAAACUGGGUACAAAAAGCCGCUGGGUUGACUUUAGGUAUGAGCAUCUACAAACCUUUUGCUUUUACUGUGGGAGGAUUGGGCAUGGGGAUAGGAACUGUCGGUUUAAGAAGGAUGAUUUGAGUAGAAAUAUUAUUAACAUAGGGCAAUAUGGAGACUGGAUUCGAGCCUCCUUUGGGAGCUCCUCUGCUACUAGACACUAUAAACCCUCUUCCUCUGGGAGUUUUCCUUCAGAAGAUAAAAUGACAAAUGUAUGUUGUAGUCAAACCUAGGAAAAAGGGGAUAGUGAAGAAGUUAGGAAAUCCAUGGGUUCUUCGGUUAAGGACCAUGUUUGUAGGGAUAAAGGGUUGGGCAUAGGUGUGACUCAUCUGUCUCAAACAAAGAAAUCACUUGGGGGUGGGGUAGGGGAGUCUCUUGUAGGUAGUAGCAAAAAGGUUGUUCAUGUACAAGUAACUUCCCCAAAAGAAGCUAUGGUUGUACAACAGGCUAAGAUUGAUAGUCCUUCUGAUUUGAUAGAUAUUGAAGUCACUACUGCUAAUGUGGAGUGCCUAACUCAAAAAAAGCAGAGGGGUUUUACUAGGAUAACCAGGGCCUCUGUCAAUAAACCAGGAGAUAAGAUGGUGAUUGAUAAAGCCAGAGUUAAUGUUGGAGUGGUCAUUAGGGAGUCAGAGGGUUUUAAGAAUCCUAAGAGGAAAAUUGAUGCUAGCAUAGAUUUAGAGGAUCCUGUACUGAUAGCCACAUUACACAACUGCAAUGGGACUUUCUUAUUGAUCACAAGACUCAGUGGGGAGACUUAUGGGUUGUUGGAGGAGACUUCAAUGACAUUUUGUCUAACUUCUCCUAAUGCCCUUGUUACUCAUGUUUCUCUCUCCUCUUCUGAUCACAGCCUUAUCAUUCUUGACCAAAACCCUGUGAGGACAAAGGGGAAGAGGAGGUUUACUUUUGAUUCUAGGUGGGUUAAGGAAGUGGGGUUUAACCAAGUGGUGGAAACUGCUUGGAAUUCCCCUGUGGAGGGGUUGGGGUUUUUUGGGCUGCAGAAAAGGAUAGGUAAUGUGAGAGUUGCCCUGCUGAAAUGGAAAGGUGAGCAUAAAAUCAAUUCUGCCAAGGUGAUAGAGGAGUGCAAAGAGAAACUGAGCCUCCUUGCUACUCAGGGAGGGUUCAGAGAUUGGGAGGCUUGGGCUUCAGUCAAACAUAGGAGACUGAUAAAUAGGCUGGAUAAUUUAGUUAGAGCUGAUGGCAGAACCUGUGACAGAAUUGAGAAUACCAUUGAUGAGAUUGAGCAACAUUUUCAUAAUCUUUUUACUACCUCUAAUCCUGAUGUGGAGAACUAUGAUAUGCAGGGGAUUCCUCAUUCUAUCACAGAGGCUAUGAAUCUUCAGUUAACUAAACAUGUUGAAGAAGAAGAGAUAAAAGAUGCAGUGAUGGGGAUGGAUCCUAAUAAAGCCCCUGGAGUAGAUGGCAUGUCUCCUGCAUUUUUCUAA